GAUUUGUGGAGUGUAAAAGGUAUCUUGUCUACAGAUAUCAUAUAAAAUACUUUUUGCUACGUACUUUGACGUAACAAAACGUGAAAAUGUCCAAGGAGUGAGAAUAGUUUAGUCACUUUUAUCAAAUUAGGUGUAAUUUACAAAUAGCAUUAUGCUUUCCGAGAAGAAGGAAUUGGGCUAGGUACGACAAAUGAUGGUUCCUCUACACCAGCAGUCCCCAACCUUUUUAGUCGCGGGAAGUAGUUCAUUAUUUCUUGCACAGCCCGGUAGGCCCGGUGGUUGGGGACCACUGCUCUACACCACAGGCAUAAUGUUGUCUUUCAAAACAAAAAUGCCCAGCAGUUUUACUCAAAGCAUGCCCGACGGCUCCUACAAAAAAAAAAAAAAAAUCAUCUGCCAUGUUGAAAAUGUCAUUUUCAGUAGGCAACAGUGGAAUUCAGCUUUCAAAUAAAAGAAAAUCAAGUUUGAGUUUGAAUUAAAACAAAAAAAAUAAAUAAAAUGCAAUUGUAAGGGUCCCUCUCUGUGUGUGUCCGCAUACUGAGCUGUCCUGUGAUUCACCUUGUGCCUUUGAAAUUAUUCACAAGGCAGUUACGCUCAGCUAUGCAUCCAUUAAGCACCAUCUGCAGCCGGCCGGGUUAAGAAUGAAGGGAGGGUAGAGAGGUGCGCGACAGCUGAUGGAGAGACGGGGAAAGAGAGAGAGUGGGGAAAUGGUUGAAUAACAGGUGACGGCGAGGGAGAACAGAUGAGGGCAGCAGAUAAAGUGAGCACUAAAAGCAGUGGAUUGGAUGGAUGUUGAAAGCAGGACUCGCUGUGCAUGUAUUUUGCAUACCAUCUGUGUGAGGAAUCAGGGGUUUUGCUCAGUGUGUGUGUGUGUGUGUAGCUACAGGAGCCAGAGCAUCUGCUUGUGUCAGUGCAUCACUGCAGGUUCGAGCCUUUGUUGAAUUUUAUCCACAGAUGACCUGCUGAAACGGGCUCCCCCGUUCGCCGCCCUCUGCUGCUGCGUUGCCCCAGCAACAGACGAGUCAGGCCGGUUGUAAUUGGGGUCUGCCGUGUUCCCUGCUGCAACAAGAGGUCAUGUUGGAAGUCCAGUUCAUAAUCAUGACAAGCUGCCGAGCAGGGACUCCCCAAUAUAUGGACACCAUUAGUCCUGGACUGAUAGAAUAGACGUUCCAAAGGGACAAUCCAGCCCCGACUACAAGAUCAUAGAGUCUUCACACGAAAGAACACUCCUGCCAAGAAGACCCAAAAGAACAUUUUACCUGACUCGUCGAGAACAUUCUGGUUGCAGUGAUGAAGGUUUCAGGACCAACAAAGACUUUCACCUUCUGCAGCAUUUUCUAGGAACUGAGUCCAAGUCAGUCCACACGUCUCUAGUGCGAAUCGCCUCCGUCGGACUUUUCCGACACCAAGAUGGAAUCACGUUUCUCGGGACCCGACGCCUGUUUUGCUGAAACGUGUUGCUCCUGCCGUAGAGAACAAUUUGAUUUGGAAAGCAGACGUGAUUACGGAGGGGGCGAUUUACAAGUGAUUUACAAGACUAAUAACAAGCACCGUGUGGUGAUAAAACAUGCAAUCAGGAGUUGAGGGAAGGCCAUCCCAGAGGUUGGAGACCUGGAGGCACGAUGGCAGCCGCCUGCAAAGCUGCUUGCUGCGUUUCCUUCCUAAUGUGGAUCCUGGCUGAUUUUACAGUCUACCCAGUUGAGUCCCUGGAGAACGUGGCGCCAGAGGGAAUAGCAUCUCAGUCAUCCACUGCUUUCCUUGGUGUUGCCUCAAGGGCAGUUGAUGGAAACAGAGACCCAGAGUACUCUCACGGAUCCUGCACUCAUACAGGGGGGGAACCAAACCCGUGGUGGAGUCUGUUGUUGCCAGUUGUGUACCGAGUCUCGACGGUUAGCAUCACCAACAGGAAGGUAGCGAGCGAGAGGCUAAAUAAUGCUGAGAUCCUCAUUGGGAAUUCCUUAGAGAACAACGGCAAAAACAACCCCAGAUGUGCUGUCAUUUCCUCCAUCCCCCCUGGGGGCACCAAAAGCUUUAACUGCACAGGAAUGACGGGUCGGAUGUUGACCGUGAAGAUCAGCACCUCAUACGGCUUACUGACAAUGUGUGAGCUAGAAAUCUAUGGAGAACCGGCUGCUCCCUCACCAUCCUUCAACGCAGUGGUGAUGGGACGGAGAGUAGCCGUUGUGCAGAAGAAGCUGUGCUGGUCGGACGCCUUGUUGUACUGCAGGGAACACUACUGGGACCUCCUCAGCGUUCGCAGUGAGCAGGAGCAGAGAGGGUUGGAGGAGGUGUUGAGAAACACAACCUUCCUGACAAACGACCCCUCCGUUUCUUCCGGACAUGUGUGGCUGGGACUGCGCAGAUAUCCUCCAGAACGCUAAGCCAGUCUAAAGGUUCAAGAACUGUAAAAGUGACAUUUUUAGUGUCUGGAUUGUUUUUGCUGUAGGCGUCUGAUGGGGAGUUCGUGGUUUUGGAUGUCUGGUGCUUCUGUGAGCUACAUUUACUGGAAAGAACAACACAUCUGGCAGGUCACAAGUCCCUGCGGUGGCGUGGACGCCGACUACUCGUUCUACUGGAGGAAUUUUCCGUGCGGCGAUCACCUCUAUUUCGUCUGCCUGAAAGAAUUUGAGGAAAACGGGGAGCGUGUGGAGUUCUACAGUUUCACCAGACAGUAAACGUCCCCGGGAAGACAAACUCUGGUUUCACUCACUUCGCUCGGUCUGAGCUCUCUGUAGCAUGCGGUCUUUUCAGGACAGCAGACUUAGAAGUUUUGAAAUUAUACCACAAAACACAUUUCUCCUGCACGGUAAAUUGGAAUGCUUUGCUCUUUUUGGGUGUUAGAAGUGGAGGUACUGGGAUGUGCUGUGGUGGCGCAGGGGUUAAGCACAACCCACAUAAGGAGGCCUUAGUCCUCAUUGUGGCUGUCGCAGGUUCGAUUCCCGGCCUGGCGACCUUUGCCGCAUGUCUUCCCCUUCUCUCAUUACCCACUUUCCUGUCAAUUAACUAUCAAAUAAAGGCCACUAGAGCCAAUAAAACCUUUUUUUAAAAAAAGAAGUGGCAGUAUUGUCCAAAAGUGUGCAAACUUCAAACUGUCGAGCUACAAACUUCUAACAAAGUACUAAACUGUCUUUGUCUGAUAUUAAACUAUCAUUCCUACAAUCUACAUAUUUUUUUGCGUCAAAAUAUUGUUCUUAGCAACUCAAAUUGUGAAAGUCCUCAAUCCCUUUUUCCUGGCAGAUCUAAAAGUAUAAAUUCAAAAUGUUGGUAUGAAUUCAUGUUCGCUACAGAUGUUUUCAUUCACUUUAUGAAAAUGCAUAAAAAAGAGACUUACUUUCUCUUUUUUCUGACAUUAAAUCAGACUAACCUUUUCCUGUUUUAAGUCUGUUAAGCUGACCAAAAUUAUUUCUCUUUGCUAAAUUCAACAAUAAUGUGAGGGAG